CUCGACUUGCAGACAACGUUUGACUCCACUUGUAUAGUUCCUUUCUCUCGCUUCACGAUCUUACUUCUCUAAUGGACCUCGUGGGUGCAUAUAAUAAUACAAGAUCAUUGUAGCUGAUGUUUCCUGCAGUUUGACGAUCAGGAUGGCAUGGGAGGCGGCCCAGGGGGUCUAUUCGCUCAGUUUGCCCAAGGAUUUGGGGUUGCCAUGGGUUCUCGAGCUAACCGGCCAAAUCCUCGGUCAUAUAACGUGUAUUUGAAGGCCUACAGUGUAGCGAUGCUUCCUGGCCGGGAGCGAGAGAAUCUCUCCUAUGGAGGAAAGAUUAUUAUGCCUCCAUCAGCCCUUGCACACUUGACUCACCUCGAUCUUGAGGGACCAUGGAUGUUUCAGCUCACAAAUGCGACUAAUCCGGCCGCAUCCACGCAUGCAGGUGUACUCGAGUUUAUUGCUGAAGAGGGAAUAGUUCAUCUCCCUUACUGGAUGAUGAAGACGCUGCGUCUAAAUGAAGGGGACCCGAUUCGCAUCACUGGUGCUGAGCUCCCGAAGGGCAAGUUCGUCAAGCUACAGGCACAAUCUACACAUUUCCUUGAAAUAUCAGAUCCGAAAGCUGUGCUCGAGCAAGCUCUGCGAAACUUCACUGCCCUCACCCAAGGUGAUAUAGUUGAAAUAUAUUACAACUCCAUAAUCUUCGGAUUUCUUGUGAUGGAGACGACACCCGGGGGAGGUGGCAUAAGCGUGCUAGAUACCGACCUAGAGGUUGACUUUGCUCCCCCGGUCGGUUACGUAGAGCCUGAGCGUCCGAAACCCGCCCCGCCUUCCACUAUGGCAUCGAAAUUGAAGAUCGACCUUAAUUCAUCGAGUCCCGGUUCCUCACGGCCGUCAUCAUCUCUCGGUGGUGGUUUUUCUGGUAGUGGUGGGACGGCUGUAAGCAAAGGGGGCGAUCAUUGGGAGAGUUUCAAGGGCAAGGGCGAGACUCUCGCGGGUCGGAAGACGAAGGGCAAGGGUAUCAGUCAUCGUGGAGUCGAAGCAGUAGCGGAUCAUAGUAAGAUCAUAAGGACUGACCAACAGAAGAUUAUAGACAACAACUCAAUGGAAGCAGAAGUCAAGGUUCCCGCUGCACUUAAUCUUCCCUUCGGGAAGCUGUUCUUUGGCUUCAAUGCUGUCCCAUACACCCCACCGGAACCCAAGGCUCCUUCCUCUCCUAGCUCUCCUCCGUCAACUCCCUCUUUCUCAGGCACGGGUAAUACUCUGACGGGCAGACCGGCCUCAUCACUCCCACGCGCGAAAGGGAAGGAGAAGGAGAAACCGCCCGGGAAUUCACAACCGAGCGACAAGUCUUGGGGCACUGGCAAUACUCUAGGUUUAUCUCGGUCUACCCACAUUCCACCUAGCUUCCGUGGACGUGAUCUUGGUGCUACAGGAGGUGGAUACCGACAAGCAAAUGUACAGUCGAAGCAACGGAGUCCAACACCUGAUUGGGGCGUGGACGACGACGACAUCAUUGACAUUGACAGUGAUUGAAUGGAUGGUGGUUGUAGGAUAGUUAAAGACGGUCAGACAAUGGUUCGUGUGUAGAGGAUCA